UUCAGGGUUGAUUUGUAGAUAUUUGAUAUAUUUAUUAAUAAUAAUCACUUUCAAAAUCAUAGAUAGUAUAUUUUUGUACAAAUGUUAUCAAGAAGGAGCUCUGUAGGCUUCUAGGAAUUUCAGAAAUAAUAAUUUGAAACGUUAUACAGGAUAUUUUAACAGAUUUUUGCAGGAUUGAUAAUAUAUCGGUUUUUUAGAAAUUGGUUAUUGAUUAUUUGAAAACCAUGAGCGAGUUGUUAAGUUUUGUUUGUGUGUCACUUGCAUUUAUGUUUGGUAUUAGACCCACUGAUUGCAGCCAACAUUUGACAGCGGUUGAUGAGAAUGAUUUGAAUUUGUCGAAUAAUCACACUGAUGUCGAUUUGGAAAAAAUGCUACCAUUCACCUGCCUUUCGAACAGCACUCUCGAUUGUCUAAAAUCGGGAAUCACCAGAAUGAUGGCCCGUAUCGAGAGUCGAACCCCGCUCGAGAUAGUUCCCGGGCUGUCUCUCAGCUGGGACCUUCCCGCCUCUCACAAGCUCACCUCCCUGGAUGUAUUCAACUUUGACACCCUAGUGAAGGCCGUCAACACCUAUUUGGGAUCAAUUUCGCUUAAAAUACAACUGCUGGAUGAGGCCGUACUGUCUAAGGGAGCCAGAUCACUGGAGCAGAUCUUCAGUGCUGAUAACAAUGUCGAAGGUCGUAAGAGAAAAGACCAGAGCGGUCUGAUGGGUCUAGCGAUGGCAAUGAAGGCAUCCAUGUUGUCUAUGGUGAUGGCGGGCGUAGCGGCCAUGAGUGGAAAGGCUCUUAUGGUGUCCAUGAUGGCAUUGGCAUUUGCAGCACUGUCUGCCCUCAAGGGAUCCGGAGAGAAGAGUACCACUUAUGAGAUAAAACAUGAACCCUCUCAUCACGGUCAUUAUAAGCGCAGCUUGGAAGAACUGAAUCAUUAUGAAGCAAAUGCUUUCAAUGCCUACAAAAAGGAUACAAAAUAGUGCGUUUAAGUGAUUUCAAUUUAACUUACUAAACUUCAAGAAGAAUACAGAAUAGUGCAACUGAGUGAUUUUAAUUGAAUCCUUUAAACU